CGUGAACAUUCCAAGUGCCAGCAGCAAACAUCACGGCGCCUGCGGCGGCGGUCCACGUUACAACCAGCCUUUAUCAAUGUAGAUGAUUCAUCAAAGCAAGGACAACCUCGGAUCACGCGGUGGACUAUGUAGCCGGCGUCAUCACACGUCGUGUCCCAGGCGACGAUCACAGUCCACACCUUGGUUCUCCCUCCCAAAUCACCUUCCCGUCUCUGCGACGUGCUCGGCUCAUUUCUCCAUCUACGUUGUUGUAUCUUCCAUGAGUGGGGUCGCGCCGUUUAUUCAGUCGCUCAUGGAUAUGCUCGAGUCCGACUCGCCCUGUGUGUCCUGGAACCCAUUGGACAAGCGAGCGUUCGACAUCCUCGACACCAAGACCUUCGCGGACGCCGUCUUGCCCGUGUACUUCCGCCACGCCAAGUUCACGAGCUUCCAGCGGCAGCUCAACUACUUUGGGUUCCGGAAACAAAGUCGCCGCCACAGCGCCAUCUGCACGUACGCGCAUUCGCACUACUCGAUGCGAGUUCCCACGGAAUUGCUUCGGAUCAAGCGUAAAGUUGUCAAGCCCAAGCUAUCAGCAGCCCUCGAUGGCAAAGCGGCGGCGGCGACGACGCCUGGGACCUCCUCCGGUAUGACCACGCCAGCAAGAUCGCCUACAAAAUCCAUUGGACUAGCCUACACAGAGGCAUCCCUGGCCUACGCCCAAGCGUGGUCGGACAGCGGCUUGAGCGCGAAAUGGACCGAGUUGGAUAUGACACCCUUGCCGUUCGAGCGAGGAGCUGACAUGAUGCUGGAAGGCGGCAGUGGCGCGGCGCCAUAUUGCUAUCCUGUGGACGACGAGUUGGCGAAUUGGGUCCUGCGUCAGUUCUGACGAAGCUCGAGAAAGUGGUAGUGGUGGCGGCGAGGACAGCACGAGACGAUGUGUGUGUCUGAUGUAAUUGUUGCAGAGUAGAAUAAACGUGAAAUAGCAUAUCAUCAUAUAUCCAACUUAACCAUCGUCUGGAGUCGAGUCGGAGAUCGGAAGGGGCGGAGCAGCGGCAAGGUACUAAAUGCGGUCCAAACACUCGAACUGUACGAUGCUGUUCCCUCGGAUCACAACCAUCCCGAUCUUGUUGGCUUCGGUCUGCGAAACUUCUUCGAUCGUGUCGUCCAAUGUGAUGUUCAUGAACUGGUCAAACCCCCGCAGGAUGCCCGACACCUUUCUGUUGCCAUUGAGCUUGAUGCUCAGCGUCUUGUCCAUGUAGCGCUUGAGGUCGGGCCCCGUGACUUUGCUCAUCUUGGGUGGCUGCUGGAAAUGGUCCAAGUGUGCACUGUUCCAACAACAAACCCUACCCCGC